GGGAGGGAGAGGGGGGAUGUGAGGUUUGAGGAUGAGAAGGUAAGUCGGAGGGAGGCGAGGCGGAAGGAGAGGGAGCGGGAGGAGAUGGAGACGGAGCGGGAGCAGGAGCGAGAUCGAGAGCGACAACGGGAGAUGGAGCGGGAACGCGAACGCGAACGAGACCGAGACCGAGAAAGAGAACGACAACGCCAAGUUAUAAAGGAGCAAGAGGAAAGGGAGGAGCGCGAAAGGAGGAGGAUGAGGCAGAAAGAAAGAGAGGAGCAGGAGGAACUCGAGAACCGGAUGCGCCGACGAGAGAAAGAGGAAGAAGAGGCGAAGGAACGAGUACGUGAUUCUUCUUCGACGCGUGCCAGAGAGGAAGCGGCGCGCGCACAACAAGAAUACGAAGCUGCCCGAGCCAGACGAGAAGAGAUACAGCGCGAAUUGUACAGUCGCAAAGACGAGAAAAGCUCCGAACCGAAACCCCACGAAGCGGAGAUCGAUCGCCAGAUCGAGCGGAAGCAAAUCGAGCUUCGAGGGCGGGAGCAGAAAGCUCUGGGCCAUAAUCCUGCCGUGCCGAUUGCAGCAGCCGCCGUUGCUGGUGCGGUCGCCGUGGCUGCUGGGACGAUGAUGUCGCGAUCUGAAAGCGAUCAGGGGAGUCGGCAUGAGAAGGUUGUCGAGCCGAGGGAAUUCCGAACGGUGGCUCCAAAGGAACCGUAUCAGGUCGUGGAACCGAAAGAGAUCCCAAUCGUUGCGCCAGAAGAAUCGUAUGCUGUGCGCGAGGCGCGCCAUGUCACGAUUGAGCCUUCCCAAGUCGCUAUUGACUUCGUUCACGGGGACGCGCUCGCAGACCCCGACUUCUUCAAGAAACGGCGAAAGGCAAAACAGGCGCAGCCGCAGUCACCUCCAGAGCCUGAAGAUAAGGCGAGAUCGAAGAAAGAAGCCGAGCUUGCAAGGCGUGCGGCGGAUCGAGUUAUCGAAGAUCUGGAACACAAGUACGAAGCUGGACCAGUCAACCAAGCCGAUUUCUUCACGCCAGAUAUCCUCAAAGAUCAUAGCGCGCCGGCAAGCCCGAGGAUUGAACCGAAUGCGGACAACGAUAUGACGGUCUACCAUGACCCGCACGAUGCUGCAAUGGCAAGCAGGUCCGUUCCUCCUUAUGAGAAGCCAUAUGCGCUGCAUGUGGCUGGGUUGAGCCCGCAUCCUUGGCCGGUGCCGACACUUAAGCUGAUUGAGCCUACUCCGCCUCCAAGCCGGGCUACUACUCCCGUUCCAUCGGAGCCACCCGGGGCCGCUGAAACGACAACUGCCGAACCAACCCCCUCAGCGCCAGCAGUCGCCGAGCCAACGGUCCCCGAGCCAACAACCGCUGAACCCACAACCGCUGAACCCACAACCGCUGAACCCACAACCGCUGAACCCACAACAGCUGGCGCUGCGGACGAGCGAACCAGGAGUACGGGAAGCAAAGUCACCUGGGGCAAAGAUCAGACCCACCACUACGAGGUACAGGCGCCUGAGGGUCACCGGGACAGCUACAAUGCCGACCCAGAUACCAGGGGAGCUCAUUAUGAGAUUGCCGUCGACGUGGAUGAUCCAGAGGGUCCGAAGAGGACAACAUAUAAGCAUGAGAACACGGAAGAGCCAGCUUGGGCUGCGUCCCGGGAUAUCUCACCAAUUCGCAUCCCAUCUCCUGUACGCCGCAGCGUCUCACACUCUCCGGUACGAGAUACCGAGGGUGACAUCACAGAUGACCGGCGCGUCGUGAAUUCGGAUGAGGAACAGGAGAAGGUGUAUGAAUCGCAUUCACCACACGUCGAGCCGGUGGUCGUUACGCCUGGUGAACAGGAGGGGGGCUCGUUAUAUCGAACCCCAUUCUAUGAGACGGUCACAGACCUUGGAUUUGAUGCAGACGAGCCUCCUGGUACUGGACAUGGCGCUGUCUUAGGCGAAGUGGAAGAAGAGGAGCCGAGGACACCUAGACGGUCUGCACAUUCAGCCAUGCCUGGAGGAUUUGACGAUGAGGAAGACUCCCCGGUACUCGACCGAGCUCCGGAACCAACACCUCCUCGUGAGAAGAGGUCGAAGAAGUCCAAGUUCGCCGACAUCGCUGCUUCAGCAGCCGCGGGUGCAGCUGCGUCUACGAUCGCUCGCGAAAUUGGCAUGGAAGAUGAGCCAACGCGAAAUGGGAAUCGUAGCAUCGUCGAAGAAGAACCUCCAUCCUCCAAGAAGGGGAAGAAAAAGAAGAAGAAAGGUUCCAGAGCCUUCUCUCCUGAAGCAACCAGUUCUCCUUCUCGGGCGUCACUGCCCGAGGACAUCGAUGAUGAGCUCGCAACCUCCCGAGAUUUCUCCCAGUCCGUGGCUGACUCGGGAUAUGUCUCCCGGCCAAGUCAGUCCGUCGCGGAUGUAGCCGAUGCUCCUCAAGAUGCCAGCUUCGCCGACUUUGAGGAGCCGAAGAAAAAGAAGAAGGCAAAGAAGAAGAGCAAGAAUCGCGAUGACGAUUUCGAAAGGUCCGUAGAAAGUAUUGGCGAUGCCAAUAUUGAUCGAGAUGAGACACGCAAGAUUUUCGAGGAACCGGAUUCGUAUGCCGAAGAGCGCGAUCGUGAGAGUUCGAAGUCGCGGAAGUCUCGCCAGGAGGAAGAUUCCGAGCACGAAGAUCAUGAGCGUAGUCGCGAGGCGAAGGCGAGUGCUCGAUUCGAUGAUGACAAGAAAUCACGCCGGAAGAGUCGAGACAAGUAUGACUACGACGAAGAUCGAUCUUCCAAACGUGCCAGCCGACGGGAUUCCGAGAAAUAUGAAACUACUUCUGUCGUCUCAGAGCCUGCCGAUUUCUUCGAAACGCCCAAAAAGUCGAAACGGAGGUCCAAAGGCGUUGACGAUGAUGCUGCCUCUGAGGUUGGAUCGACGGUCUCUUUACCUGCAAAGCCGGGAUCUUCCAGCAGCAAGGUCAAGGAAAAGCGAUCGGGUAUCCUGGGAAACUUGUUCGGGAAAGGCUCAUCUCAAUCUGAAGCGUCAAAAACUUCUACAAGAUCUGUGGAUGAUCAUGACGUUGAUGAACGACGUGUCAAGAAGAAGCGCUCAGGUUCGACGAAGUACGGCUCUGAUGAUGAACCAGAUCGACACUCCCAUCAAUCUGGGGAGAGGAGCGAUAAGAAGCGAAGCAAAGACGAUCAUGGCCUAGAAUCUUCAUCUCGGCGGUCAAAUGGUGAGUCUCGAGAAUCCAAAGAAUACGACAGACGGAAACACCGAAGUCGAGACGAUCGAAGUAGUAGCAGACAUGGAGAUUCCGAUCAGGAGUCUUUUUUAGCCGAGCGGGCAGAGAUGGGACAGGGUCCUCUGCCCGCUAAGCAACCUGUCGUUACUGAUUUUGAGCAAUCAUCACGAUCAUUAACAGAGGACCUUAGCAGGGAAAUAGAUCUCGAAGAUCUUUCAAUAAUACCAGCUCCGAGCGAUGAACCAGAUGUACAUGAAGAAGCAUCUGUCAGCCCGAAAUCGAGUUCGCCGAUGGACUCGAUGGAGCGAAUCCCUCCCCUUACUUUGCCAUCCCAGGAGCGCCCAACGUCCUGGCAUGGCAUGCAGUUGGAUCCGUUUGCUGUGGCUGCUGCAAACAGAGACGAGGCUGCUUCAAGAUCAAUCAGCCAACCACCAUCUCCCCGCCUCACCAGCACUGACGUUCCAUUCGAGCGACUAACUUCCUCUGAAUUCGCGGAAAAUUCACCGUCUUCCCCGCUCGAAUAUCAACGCUCGCAAUCCACAACCGCCAUCCCCGUACGUUUCAGAUGGCAGUCUUCAACGCCUACCCUUCAACGGCUCACAUCAGUGAGCUCCCCUGUUGAAUCGCCCCAAUCCCCUUCCCCCACCUCCCGUUUGCGGCACACCAAGACCCAUUCCGCAGAAUAUCGGACCAACACUCAAGAAGUGCGGCCACUCUACCUCGUCGAGCGAACUCGCCAGAUUCCAGAGGUUGAGGACAGCUAUCCAGAACUUCCAGAGAGCGCAGAAACGUCAAGGAGCCCGUCACUGCAGGAUAUGGAGGAGUUCGUGUCAGCGGUCCAGUCGCCGGAGCAAAGCUUUGCAGAUUUCGCGGAUGUGGCGCCUUUCGAUGAGGGUCGCGAUUUGUUCGUUGACACUACUCUCGAUGACGUUUUAGGAUCGCAGGAGGUCACACCAAGAGCUACCACCUUCCCACCGGGUGUUUUGGAUUUGCUUGCAGACAGAGAAGUCGAACUCGACGCGAGCCAGCAUCAUAUCCUAACACAGACUCGCGACUUGGAUGAGGGGUUGGAAACAGUGUCGACAGCUAAACAAAUUCCGGAGGCCACGCCAGCUCUUGAACGAGCGAGCGUACGGGACUUGGAUAUCUCUACGCUACCGGCACUUCCAGUGAGCAGGCCUUCGACCCCAGAGCAGCUAGUCAAAAAACCCGGCUACUAUUCCCCAAGAGAAAUCGUCGAGCCAAUUUCUGAGGCCGCGCCGACCCUGGAAGCAGAGGAAGUACAAGAUUUUGAUAUCUCUACACUACCUGCCCUACCGGAAAGCAGGCCUUCAACUCCUGAGCAUCUUGACAAAGUACCUACGGGUCUUUCCCUUGGAGAGUUCACCGGAGUAGCGUCGAUUGGUGGUGCUGUUGGUCUCGCUGUGCAUGAGCUCCUGAAGGAUGAUCAGAAAGGACCAACUCGCGAAAUCACGCAGUCCAAGCUUCCAGAGACGAUUGGACAAGAUGCGGGUCAUGCUAUGCCACCACCUUCUGCCCCAGAGCCCAAAGAAGCCCACCCUGACGACCCGACUGACAAGCCAAUAGAACGCGCUGUCAUUGAAGAUGCUGGUUUAGCAGCUACUAUCCAUGAGCGAGAGGCAUCUGAACCGGCAUUUGGCAAGCCAGCCUUAAUCCAAGAAGAACCGGCGACGCCAGUCCCUUUCCUCCUAGCCCGCCGUGAGAGCAAAAAGGCCAAGAAGAAAGACAAGAAGAAAGGAAAGAAAGGCGGCAAGUCGAGCGAGCCCACUCCGGAUGAAUCUGUUGCGGAUGACGUAGCCGUUGACCAGCACCACGAUGUUGAGGAGGCUCCAACUACAAGCCCAGCUGGGGACACCAUCGAAACUGGACUUGAAGCCAGCUCAGGCGUUCCGAGAGCAGCUGCCGAAUUUGCACAGGAACAAGAAGUCGCUGUCCCACAGGCAGAUCAUCGUAUUGAUACUCGCGACGAACUGCCAGCCGCAACCAAUGUUGACCAAGAUGUGGUAAUCGUCCUCGAGGAACCAGCAAAACCGGUGGGGGAAUCCAUUGGCCAAGUAUCUGUGGCCGAAGGCCCAUUUGCACAGCCCUCAGUCAUCGAUCCGGAGACGGACGACAUUGUUGGCGACUGUGGUAUAGCUGAGAUACACACUGAACAUUCCUUGGUCGCCGACGACAUUGCUCUUGCACCACAACCAGUAGAGCAUGGAGUUGAAGACAAAGACAUGACACAAGAUGAGUCUGUUAUUGAACCACUGCCUGGGUCAGAGGAGUCCAAAGAAGCGUUUCCGGCUACUACUGAGGAACCGGAAUGGACGGAGACUCUGAAAUCAAAGAAAGGUAAGAAAAAGGGAAAGAAAGCAAAGGGCUGGGCAGCCUUCGAUGAUGAAGAAACCGAACCCCUUGCCUUCUCCGCCACAGAAUCCAACCCCGAACAAGUGGUUGAGGGACCCAAUGUCGACGUCCAAUCAGAGCAGACUGCCCCUAUUGCUUUCGUGUCCGGAAAGAAGAGCAAGAAAGUCAAGAAAGCCAAACGUCAAUCGACCUUCGAGGAAGCACUCCCUGAUACAAGCGGGACUGGUGGUCUAGCGAAUUCGCCUGACGAGGAUGAAACUUCUCCUAUGCCAGAAGAUGUACCAGAAGAAUCGUUCGAGGUCGCACGUGGACCAGAGGAGGAGCCAUUUGUCCUGCCCACGGGAAAGAAAAGCAAGAAAGAGAAGAAGAAGUCCAAACGCCAUUCGCCUUUCGAGGAAGGAAUUCCUGUUCCGAGUGGAGCGGACGUUCCAAUAGCUGCUCCGGAUGCUCACGAGGGUGCUCCUGUGCCAGAAGUAGUUGAGAUGUCGAAUGAGCCCUUUGAGGUGGAACCAGAACCAGAAGUCGAACCCUUUGUCCUGUCGACAGGGAAGAAGAGCAAAAAGGACAAGAAGAAGGCCAAACGUCAGUCCACAUUCGACGAGGAGCUUCCAGACCCUGGGGCUAUUGAAUCCCGAGCCGCCCCUACUCUGGAGGAAGACGUCGCUGCAGCAGAAGAAGCUGGGCCACUAGAAGUUCCUCCCGCGGUCGAAGUGAACAAGGAAGAAGGCACCUUCGUCGUACCAUCUGGCAAAAAGAGCAAAAAGGACAAGAAAAAGGCCAAACGUCGGCCCACAUUUGCUGAGGAGUUUCCUGAUCCUGGUGCUACUGAAUUCCGAGCCUCCACUCCUACUCCGGAAGAAACCAUCGCAGCCGCAGAAGAAAUUGAGCCCUUGGAAGAUCCUCCUCCGGCCGAAGCGAAUAUGGAAGAAGAGGCCUUCCCCGUCCCAUGUGGCAAGAAGAGCAAAAAGGACAAGCAGAAGGCCAAACGCCAGUUCACGUUCGACGAAGAACAUUUAGAUGAUGGUACGAGGGAUAUUCCAGCCACUGUUCCCGGUCUGGAGGAAGAGAUCAAAGCCGAGAUCCCGGAAGAGCCCCUCGCUGUCGAACUGCGAGAACAAGAGCCAUCAGAAGCGCCUCUCGCGGCCGAAGAGAUCAACAAGGAAGUGCCGUCCGUCACCUCAUCGGGUAAAAAGAGCAAGAAAGACAAAAAGAAGGCCAAACGGCAGUCCGUCCUUGACGAAGUGGAGUCAGAUGCUGCUGCGAACGAAUCUCCAGGCGCCUUUCCUACUCUGAACGAAGAAAUCGAAGCUGAGAUUCUUCCAGAGUCUUUCGUCGUUGAACCAGAACAAGAAGAGCCAUUCCUUGUGCCAUCGGGGAAAAGGUCUAAGAAGGACAAGAAGAAGGCCAAACGCCAAUCCGUACUCGAAGAGCCUACCGAGUCAAUCGAACAAGAAGUUCACAUUGAUGCGCCAAUCCCGGGUUUUCCACUUGCAGAGCGUGAACCGUCGAUCCAAGUAGCAGACGAUCCUUUGACUUUGACGCCCGACAAGGUCAAACCCCAAACCACAUUCGAUGAAGGGACCACGGAAUCAAUCGACCGCGACGUUCCCGUUCAUAUCCCAAGUGUGGAUUUGCCUCUUGCAGACCACGAGCCGCCGUCAAGCCAACCGCAGGACGAUAGUGCCCAACCCCAAGAGGAUCCUUUUCUUUGGACGUCCAACAAGGAAGCAACAUUUGAUAAAGAGCUCACGGAGUCAAUCGAACGUGACGUUCCCAUCGAUACCCCUAGUGUGGAUUUGCUAGCACCAGAAGACGAGCCGUCGGAGCCUCGGGCUAUUGACGAACCUGAAGAGGACCCGUUCACUUUCACGUCCAGCAAGAAGAGCAAGAAGGAUAAGAAGAAGGCCAAGCGCCAGUCCGUAUUCAAUGAGGUUCCUGAGGAGUCAAACGAACGAGAAAUUUCUGUCAACUCCUCGAGUGCGGAGCUCCCACCAGCAGAAGUCGAACCGCCGCAGCAGGAGGAGGUUGAGGGCAUCGUUGAACCUGACGAGGAUCCUUUCACUUUCACGUCCAGCAAGAAGAGCAAGAAGGAUAAGAAGAAGGCCAAGCGCCAGUCCGUAUUCAAUGAGGUUCCUGAGGAGUCAAACGAACGAGAAAUUUCUGUCAACUCCUCGAGUGCGGAGCUCCCACCAGCAGAAGUCGAACCGCCACAGCAGGAGGUUGAGGGCAUCGUUGAACCUGACGAGGAUCCUUUCACUUUCACGUCCAGCAAGAAGAGCAAGAAAGACAAGAAGAAGACUAAGGGUCAAUCAAUCUUUGAGAACACUGUAGACUCAUGCACUGAGGACACCCCCAUUGAAGUGACUGAUUCAGGGCCCGAACCGGUUUCCGCACAGGAAUUGGCACCGCUGCUCCCGACCGGGAAGAAGAGCAAAAAGGAUAAGAAGAAAUCCAAAGCAUGGACUGCAUUUGAAGAGACUCCUGAAGCGCCAUCUGGAGAUGUCUCCGCCAGCGCUGCAGAGCAAACACUAGCCGUUCAACCUAUAGAUGAUGCGGAAGAUCCAUUUGUUCCCGCGUCAACAGGAAAGAAGAGCAAGAAGGACAAGAAGAAGCGUGCCGCUUGGACUGCAUGGGAGGAUACUGAGCCGGGCCAAGUUGAGCCUGUCGGGGAUGUGGCUGCACCCUCCGAAACCGCUUUGGAGGAUGCUCCUCUCGCAGGAACUCCCAUCGAGGAAUCUCCAAAACUAGACGUUCCUGCUAACACAGAAUCUCAACGCGAAGUCCCUGUGGAACAAGACUCAGAAAACCAGAUAAGGGCUGAAGAGCCUGUUGCUACCACUCCCGACGAGCCUGAGACCUUCGAGCCUGUACGCAAAGGCAAGAAAAAGAAGAGAGAGAUAAGAAAAAGCAAGGCUAAAUUUCAAGAUGAGCCCUUCAUGUCAAAUCCCGAUGUGGAGGAACAGGUCACGCAGCCAACGGACACAGCAAAAACACUCGAGGAACACGAAAGCGACUCAGUCACUUUACCUGAGUGGAACAUCAGCCCUCCUGUGGCUGAACUGGAUGAUGGCCACGUACGGAAGAUUCCUCUUCCGCCGGUGACUGAAGACGAGAAUCUCGAGGAUGGGGUCGAGCCGGACGACCAACCAAUUUCGGAUGACAUCGACGGACCCUUCGAAUCACCGCAUGACAAAUUAUCUCGGGAUCUCGAACCGAUGCAGGACCUCGCGGAUAUUUCGCAGAUCCUCAAUAAACCGGAGAGUGCUCAAGCCGAGCAGCAUCAGCCCACUUAUCUGCCUGAAUUCUCUGACAUGGACUGCGACCUUUUGGGUACCUCUGAAGUUGUGACCGACCCUCAUGCUGCAACAGAAGACAUUGAAGCUACACAACACCAGGUCCAAUCCCCUGUUGAGGCCACGAUUGUGCCUGGCCACUUACAGGAUGUUCAUGAGCCACAAGCCGAACAUCCAGCCACCCGACUGGAAGAAACAAAUGAUGUCUCAAUUGACGCCGCCACAGUUCCACUUCUGACUGUAGAGGACGGGGGUCUUGACAAGCCUAUCGAAACCGAGCAUGCACCUGCUGAGACAGUUCCUGCUGAAGAAUUCAAUGUCGUCCAAGAUCAGGAUAUUGCAGAAGCUGUUGAAGAAAAAGGUGUUGAAGCUGAAUUGGAACCGGCAGUGGCCUGGACAGCGAAAAAGGACAAGAAGAGCAAGAAAAAGAAGAAAGGAGCAAAGGCUGCUGAACCUGAACCGAAGGAGCCGGUUACCCUCGCUGAUCGGGACAUGACCACCGAUCAAGGCGUAGAAACCCUUGAGGCACCAGGGUUACUAGUAUCAGACGAAGCCAGACCGAGCCCGGCCGAAGAAUCAACUUCUCUUUCUGAACCCACCGAAACCAUAUUACCCGAGACAGCUAAUAUGCCAAUUGAACAGCCUGUCGAGGCCGAUGGUAGCGAAUGGACGCAACCGAUCAAAAAGUCGAAAAAGGACAAGAAGAAGAAACGGAAGGGUCUCGUCAUCGAGGAAGAUCAGCCUGCUGGAGCUAAGACUACUCUUCAACCGCAAUUGGGCAUUUCAACCCAAGCCGACGUUUCUGCCAUCGAAGUCAAGGAGCCGGAGGGGGGCAUGGCUAUAAGUGAUGCGACAGCGGAUGAUUCUGCUCCCAUCGAAGCUACUGAACCGCCGCUCCUUGAUUCACAACUCACAGCUGCAGCAGAGGCCACUGUACCUGGACCUGUGGUCGGGGCUGAACAGGAAGUCAUGGACUCCGUUACUUUGGACACGGAAGCGCCUGCUGAUGUUGACGAGGAAUGGAGGGUGCCAUCGAAAAAGUCGAAAAAGGACAAGAAAAACAAGCGGAAGAACAUUGGCAUCGAAUCAGAGGCACCCAUCCAAACCAAAAACAUACCGCAAUCAGAGGAGGGUCCUACUCAAGUUGGAACUUCGGGUACGCAAGAGGAGCCACCACUGGAAACUCCCCCAGGUUCAGAUAUGAUCGAGCCCGUUCUUUUGGUCGAGGAUGCUAAAACUGCCACCAAUCCGUUAGAUUCCACGUUCGCAGCUGAGCCUCCUGCGCCUAAAUCCAUGGCUGUUGUGGAGGCUGAAUCUGGAGAUUUGCCUACCCCUAUUCCAGAGACCCAGGCUGAGGCGGUCGAAGAGGAAUGGGCUGUGCCAUCGAAGAAGUCAAAGAAGGACAAGAAGAAGCGUAAGGGCCAGCAGGCAGUUGCUGAGGAAUCGCUCGAGCAGUCGAGCACCUCCACCCCCGUGGUAUCAUCGGCCCCGGAUCCUGACUUCACACCCGCGCUCACCAAAGCGGAAAAGAAGAACAAGAAGAACAAGAAGAAGACUGCUGGAUUAGCUUCCUACUUUGACGGGCCUGAAGUUCCAACCCCACCCGCUAAGGAUGAAAUCGUGGACACGAAUGUCGUACCAAUGGUCGAGGAAUUGGCUGCCGUCGAUCAACACGGUUCUUCUGAACACCUGACUGCUGAGGUUUCAACCGACGCCAAAAACGAGGAGCCAGCCAGUUCUGUGCCGGAUCGCUCGAUUGCAACCACUAAACCUACGCCGGAAGAGGAGGCAGUUGAUGACUUCGCAACCCCUCACGAACAGCCUAAGGCUUUAAGAACAGAGGAGCCCAUCAAUCCAGCUUCAGACCGCUCAGUUGAAAUUCCUCGGCUCACAUUGGUUGAGGAAUCCGCCGUCGAAGAGAUGCCAGAGGAUUUCGCAACCCCUCUUGACCAGGUCGAUGCUCCAGAAGAGUUUUUCCCCGUCACGAAAGGAGAGAAAAAGGGCAAGAAGUCAAAGAAGCAGCCAUUCCUGUUUGAGGAUGUAGGUGAAUCCGCUGUUGCCGAACCUUCUUCUGUUAGUGAGCCCGUUGAACAGCCCUUCACUGUCACGUCGAGUAAGAAGGGCAAGAAGAAAGGCAAAAAGGCAAAAUCAACAACUCCUUCAGACCUGGCAACCCCAAGGGACGCUUCACCAGAACGUGAUACAAUGGAAGUACCUGAAGGUGCUCAGGCUCUGAAAUCAACGGAUGUGGAGAUUAAAGACAGCAGUAUGGAAACGCAAGAUCGCGCCACUCCCGACAACCAAGCGGCUGAAAUGGCAGAAUUUGUGGACGAUGGCCCCAACACUGAUCUUGUUUCUUCUCUGGAGGUUUCAGAACCGCAGUACGAUCGUGAUGACCUUGAACGUGGUACUCGCCCGGAGGAAAUCAGUCAACCCCCAGACUUGCCUAUCACUGAAUUCAAUGACGAUGCACCCUCAUCAAUCCCAUCGGUUGCGGAAUCUCUCUUUGGGCAACCUACUUCGAUGGAGCGAAGUUCAUAUUUCCCGGAAUUGCCGCAAGAAUCGAGUACCGCCUAUCACGUACCACAGACUGCUGAGAGAGAUGUCGAUUUCGCUGCGGCUGCAACUGCAGGCCUAGUCAGCGCAGGAUUCUCGGCUACGCUAGCCGAAUCUGCCUUCAACGAUGAUGAUGUCCAUCAAUCUGGUCCACGCAAAGCUGGAUCUGAAAGGGGGGUCCUCGAAGACCACAUUUCAAGCAAAGCUACUACUACUCCAGGCCCCUCACCCGCACUUAAGGCGGAGAGUAAUACAUUCAGCCCGGAAGCUGUACUCGAUGACCCUGUCUUCUCUCGUUCACAUAGCCCGCAAGAAGCGUUGGAUACUACGGACGACCUCCCUCCUAUUCUUCAACGGCCAAGGAAGAAGCGCAGCUCGGGUUCUCGUUCACCACCUGGAAGUCCUCCACCUUCUGCUGUUGAGCGUGCCGUCACCGAGGAUGCUCCUCCUGCAGAAGCAUUAGCUGAGGCGGCAAUAUCAGAUUUGGAGGAAGAAUUCCCCGUGACAAAGACGAAGAAGAAGAAAGGCAAGAAAGGCAAGAAGGCGAAGCAGGCUUCUAUGGCUGCAGAGACAAACACUACGCAAGAAGCAGCUGCAAUUGAACCGGAGGAUCGGGCAGUCCUAGCUGAUAAUUCGGUCGGAGAUCUUCACGACCCCUCUACCUCUCAGAAAUAUGAACUCGAGAAUCCGGUGGAGGUAUCAAAUCAGGAACUGGAGAAGACGACUGCAACGACACACGACCCCCCUUCUACGCCUCGGGAUAUCGAGUCCUCAUCUACGCCAACGGGGCGGCGAAUAAAACCAAUGCGCAAGCCAAGCACGAAAGGCAAGAAGGGAAAGAGAGGCAGCACACUGCCGUGGGAGGAGCAAGAGGAGCGAUCGGGAACUCGAGGCGAGAUUAGCGGAGCAUUGGGAGCAGGGUUGGGAAUUGCAUCUGCAACCGCACUGAAGGGCAUGGCAAGGAAAAGUCAAGAUAGUUCAACCCAAGACCAGGAGAACGAGGAGCUCGGUGAACAUGGCAUCGAGACGAGAGAUUUUGCUGCAGCCAUAGAUUCCCCGCAGCGGCAAUCACCUUCCGCCGCAGGAGCACGACAGACAAGCGUUGUUUCAUCGGUAUCCCCUAACCUUGAAAGGGUCAAGCGGAAAGCCGCGGCAAAUACAGCUGAGCCUCCAUCGAAGGCCCAUCACAUAUGGGAUAUUCGCGACUACGUUCAGGAACCAACAUGGGCAUCCCCACAAGAGCAUCGUGACAGUGCUGUCCACAUUGGCGGGUCACCCCAGACAAAGAGCCUGCCAUUGAUGCCGGAUACAACGAGAGACAGUGGCUAUCACGAUACACCGAUUCUUCUGCCACCUGAGCACCAUGCACCCAGGAGUGUAGAUACUCACGAGAGCACUCCGCCCCUAUCCAGCAACAUGCCUAGCUCGAAGGAGCAGCUUCAGGGUUCUGACGAAGUUGGAUCGGAUUGGGAAGUCUCGGCUCAUCCAACACUAGUUGAUGAAUUGCAAAGAGACAUGGUACCUCCCCGCAGCCGUCCGGUAUCCCUCGCGGAGGGUACUGCUCCCCCUUCUACCUUCACAUCACCAAUGGAUGCUACCACGAAGGCUAGAACUUCGUACCUUUUCAGCUCCUCUCCUUCGAUCAGAGAUACUCCUAUACGCCGACCAAGGACGCCGGAUGAGUCAAGACAAGCUAUCCCAGAUGAGGAUCUGACACCAUCCAUUGCUGGUAGAACUCCAACCAGUCCUUCUGAUACCGGAGCCUUGUCAAUGGCACCCCGUGGUUCAGGCGAUCAAUCAAGCCCGUCUCCUUUCGGUACUGGAUCAAGCAUGCGAUCGCUUGGAAGAGACUCAACGAUGACUCCAUCAAGGAACCUUGCAACGAUCGAGGAGCAGGGCUCUGAGCCGGGUUCGUCUCCAUUGAGCCACAAGGCCCAACGCACAUCUCCUCCAGAGGCCAGUCUUCAUCACCGAUUCCGAUCUCUAUCACCACCCGAACAUGCAAGUCCUGAUCAUGAACAUAGAGAUUCCGCUGGUCUUGACCAUGUCUUGGCUCAAUCCCCUCGUUCGCCUCACACUCUUGAUCUCCCAGCAGACUCGGCUCGUUCUUUAGGAUCCCCGUCACUACAAUCUCCAAGGGAUCUUCGAUCACCUCCUCCAAGCAGCGAGAGAUCCAUAGCCGUCAAUCGACUUCGUAGUCCUUUACAUUCAGGAACAAGAACCCCUGACUCCGCAGGACAACGACGACCGUUGAGUGCAAUGAGCGCUCACAGCCACCACAGCCACGGCUCCAACCAAUCACUUAGGCGCACGGACCGCAGUUUGUCAGGUGAUCUCCGAAUCGCCAGCCGCCUUAGUGAAACCCAAGAACCUGGCGCGACAAGAGGUUCAACACCUGCACCCAUUCACUCCGCGCCGUUGUCGCUUUUGGGCAUCGCGGCGCAGGAUCAGGAUUCGCCUCGUAACAUUUCACCUCCAGGAUUUGGCGAAGCCGGUCCGUCCGAUUAUGACAAGUUCAGUGAAGUGAGCGACAAGGGCAAGAAUCGCGCUGUUGCCAACGCGAUGGGUGAUGUUUUCGUGAGUAUAGCUCUCUCCUACCACCAUAAUGCUUCCAUCUUCGGAUAUGCUCGGGGAUGAUGCAACUUAUCUAGCAACUGAGUUGAUAGCUGACAUUGCUC